UCUUCUCGCAUUCUUUUCUUUCUAACCCAAACCAAAUGCCCCAUAGAUAAUGUGGGCCCAGCUAGAAAUAGAACAGGCUCAUAUAGCCUACGCUUGCAUCGGCAUAUUUAGCACGCUUUUCUCGCUUUUCUCGUUAUUCGUUAAAGAACGCUUGUAUCUUGGUGAGGCCACAGUCGCCACCAUUGCCGGGCUUAUUCUUGGACCACACUGUCUAAACUGGUUCGACCCGCUCGACUGGGGCAACAGUGACUAUUUGACCUUGGAAAUAUCUCGUAUUGUUUUAUGCAUCCAAAUCGUGGCUGUUGCCGUGGAAUUGCCCCGCAAGUACAUGAAAAAGCACUGGCUUUCGGUGCUCUUGCUCUUGUUGCCAGUGAUGACCAUUGGUUGGUUGACCGUUGGCCUAUUCAUUUGGGCAUUAAUUCCGCAUUUCGAUUUUCCUUCCGCACUUUUGGUUUCUGCCUGUGUCACGGCCACUGACCCGGUCUUGGCUGCUGCCGUCGUGGGUAAAGGUAAGUUUGCCGAGAGAGUUCCUGGACAUUUAAGAAAUCUCUUGACUGCCGAAUCGGGGUGCAACGAUGGAAUGGCUUUCCCCUUCAUCUUCUUGUCUUUGUUUCUCAUUGUUGAUGCCGGCGAUGCAGGUGAAAUCGUCAAGAACUGGUUUACUUUAACCAUCUUGUGGGAGAUUUGUUUUGGCAUUAUUUUGGGUGUGACUCUUGGAUACGUCCUCCGAAAAGCCGUGGCGUUUGCCGAGAAGAAGUCCUUGAUUGACCGCGAAUCGUUUCUUGCCUUCUUCGUGUUUUUGGCGUUUAACUCUGCGGGUCUCGGCUCCUUGCUUGGAGUUGACGACCUUUUGGUAUCUUUCGCUGCUGGAACUGCCUUUGGGUGGAACGGAGACUUUGCCAAAAAGACCGAGGAAUCACAUGUAUCUACUGUCAUCGACUUGAUUCUCAACUUGGCGUUCUUCGUGUACUUUGGUGCAAUUGUACCUUGGGAAGACUUCAACAACUCGGCAAUCGGAUUGGACGUAUGGCGUUUGAUCGUAUUGGCGAUCGUUAUCAUCUUUUUGAGGAGAAUCCCUGGAAUCAUGGCACUCAAGCCUUUUAUUCCGGACAUUAAAACCUGGAGAGAAGCCCUCUUCUGUGGCCAUUUCGGGCCAAUUGGCGUGGGUGCUAUAUUCGCCGCAAUUUUAGCAAGAAGAGAUCUCGAGGAACACUACACUUCCGAGGAAACACCUCUUGCAGAGCUCCCAGAUAAAAACUUUCCCCACUAUCAACUAAUUGCUUCAAUUUGGCCUAUUGUUUGCUUUAUUGUGAUUGUGUCUAUUAUUGUACACGGCUCAUCUGUGGCAGUACUUGCUCUUGGUAAGCGUUUAAACAGAAUGGCGAUCACCAUGUCGUUUACCACCACAAACACAAAUGAUCACGGUCAUUCGUGGAUGUCGAGAUUGCAAAAGUUGGAAAACACUUCUACAUCCUUUUCGCUUCACAGGAUUGACUCUGAUACAGAGACUACUGACUCGCCACACCACGACCAGCAUUUGCCAAAAUCAAACACCAUUGAAACUUCGGGUCUCAAAGUCAGGCCUGCUGGGGGCGCGAGAAGAAAGCGGCUCAGAAAGAAGGCCAAGAAAAGAACGGAUGAUUUUGAGCCCGCGUCCACAGCUGAAAGACAGAGGCCACAAGCGGAGUUUCUACAGCUUGGAAAAACUCCAUCCACCGCUAUUUCCAGAGAUGAUGAAGCCUCAAUAGAACUGGAUAACUCAGGCGUCACACAGCAUGAAAAUGCAGAGGAACCAGUCGAAGAAAAGGAGGAGGAGAUGACUGCUGCUAUUUACGAAGAUGGCAAUGAUAUUAUUCUUGAAGACGAAGACGGUGAAGUGAUUGACUCGGUCAGCUUAGAAAAUGACGAUGAGAGCCAAGCUGGUGAGUUCAACAAACCAUCCCCUGAUGGUGCCAGUAUUCAUUCCAUGGGAUCCUUGAGGCAACACAUGUCCCAAUACUCAGUGCUUUCAGAUAAAUCUGAACAUAAUACAGAGAAUGAGACUUUUGCCACUAAAUUGUCGCGUACUUUGAGCGGGAGGAAACCUAUAGUCAAGAAAGGCAGCAAAGGGAAAGGCAAGAGAUACUUUGCUCACCAAGUGGACAAUCUUUUGCUCAUUGAAAAUGUGGACGGUGACAUCAUAAGGAGAUACAAGCUCAACAGACAUCCAUCUGUGAAGAACAGAUCAAGGUCUAGUACUUUGAUGGGCAAAGCGUUGUCCAUGGUAGGAAUCAAGAAUAAAGAGACACUAACUUCAAAUGACGCACAACUGGAGACACAUCCUGUUUCACAAAUUAUACCCGAUAUCAACAUUGUGGCUGCCGGGCAGUCUUCUGAAACCAAAGAAGGACGCCACGAAACACUCCCAGAGACUUCUGAGAGCGAGCAGACAGAGGAUUUCGACUCAGUAGACGAGACGGAAGUUGAGAAGAAGAGAAGAUUGGCGGCCUUGGGGCAUAUUUCAAAUGGCCGGAACGAUGACGAUGAAGAGACUUAGAACUAUAAAUUAUUGUUGCAUUAGCACUACUAUUAGACGAAAUACUCAUAAAUGAUUUAAUACUGGCUCUGUUCCGACCUCUCAUCUUGUUGAUGCUUUGCAGCUGACUUGGCAUCUGAUUUGGUGAACAAAGAUUCAUCCAGCUAUUCAAAUACGGUACGCGAAUGAAUGAGUGUGAGAGCCAACGAUAUACAGUGACUGAAGUAAAAAGAUUGAUGAACGAACGCAGAUACUAUUGCGUUUUGGCACUUUUAGGUGAAUAAAAGCCAAAUUUCUGCUCACUGAAAUAAUGGAUGCUCGGUAGUAGUGGUGGCAGUCAUUUUCCUGACAUGUAGCCAAUGUGAGACCCAAGGUUUAUGUGCCAGCUGAAAACUUCUCAAAAGAAAAAUAAUUUGGCUAAUCCAAAGGAGAAAAAUAUGUAUGCUUAAA